UCCAAGAUUUUCCAAACAAAUAUGAACGUAAUUACCUUCAAAAAAAUAAUAAAGCUUUGUGAGGAAUACCAGAAGCAAAACUGCUUGACCCCUGCUGAAUUUGUCGCAGAAAACACCACCAAUGAGGCCGAAGACGUUCUGUUCAACUUUUUGAAUUUCCAACGACACGAACAAAUCCUUCGAAGGAUCGUAGAACACUUCACACGAUACAAUGGAAUCGCAAUCAAAUUGAACAUGACACGUUUCAUGAUGCUCUUCUACAUACUCAUAUUCGUAUUCGAUCCAGAAGAUAAGGGUGGCAUCGAAAAAAUAUUCAUCAUAUCCAACAAGAUUACGCACGCCAGCAAAGUGCUACUGUAUUAUUCGAACGAAGAAAACCAGAUUCUUACUGCCAGAAUAGCAUGUCAAUUCUUCGAAAACGACUAUGUGUUAAGCCAUAUCAUCCAUCCCAUCCUGAACAACCAGGAACAUUUCGAAAACGUCUUCGACUACGUAGCAAAGUACGAGCAUAAUCUCUACCGAAAAGAAUGCACCAUACCGAUAGAGAUGAACGUAUCCAAGAAACCCAUGAAGAUUCCCGCUGUUCCAAUGAACACCCCAGCUGAAUUGGAUUAUUUUCGAAGCAACCCAAUCCCAAGAACAACGUACCGCCCCGAUCUAAGAGUUCAACGAAAUUUAUCCCAAGCCUACGAGAAAAACCAGGAAAAAGCUCUCGAACUCCUCGAGAAAGCAAGAACUAUGCCAGAUCAUGGAAAACCUUCUUCGAAAGAUUCAGAACCCGAACCAAAGAUUCAUACGUUUAAGAGACCGAAAAGAAUUCCUCUCAAACAAGACGUUCCUAUCAAAGCUAACCUCACGACUAUAAUGAGGGAGGCAGCCCUUUACGCCAAGGAAAAAGAAUCUUGCAUCAAGGAGAUCGAGGAAAUACUGAGAGGGGGAGUUGAUACUGAACGUAUAAAGUCAUUAGAAAAGGGGAUUCGGGAGGAAGAACAACGAAAACAAAUCGAAGAAGUCGAACGCAAGAAACUCCAGUGUCUUUUGAGUCAUGAAGAAGCUGUAAUAGCUAAAUGUAAGUUGAAAACUAAAAAUAAAAUCAAAUACUAUGAGAUACUGGAGGAAAGUGAGGCAUUAAAAGCACAACUCCUGGAGUGGAAAAGAAAAAAGCAAGAAGAAUACAGAAUAAAAAUAGAGAAAGCACAAGAAUCGAACAGAAACGCUAAAGAAUCGGAGAAAAAAAUGAUCGAAGAGAAACAGUGUACAGCGAGAUUAGUCCAGUGGGAAUCCAAAAUGCUGCUGGAUAAAGCGAUGGAAGAGAAGGAAAAAGAACUCGCUAAAAAAAUACACAUCAUCCAAGAAAUCAAAGCCAUGCACCAGGUCAGAAAAGUGGACACUACCAAGGAAUUCGAUAGGACAGAGUGUCCCAACUUAGGUCUGUUAUGCGAAAUGUCCAUAGCUGAACUAGAAGAGAGACUCAUGCUGAUGAAAAUGGAUGAGCAAAGGAGAUUAGAUGAAAAACGUGAAGAAAUAUCCAAGAAGAAAGAGGAGAAGAACAAGAUGAUCAAAGACGCGAAGGAAUUCAUCGAGCAAAACCGUUCAGUUAGAGCGAAACCUGAAAAGAAGAAAAUGAAGAUAUUGGUAGAAAGCGAAGACAUAAUACUUCUGAGGAAGAAAAUUGAGGAGGCUAAAAAGAUUCGGGAAGCCUGUGCGGUGUGUCCUUGUAAACCUUGUCCAGUGAUUCUUGGACAUGAUCCAAAUAAAUAGAUAAAAUGUAUCUCCUUUGAAAUAAGAACUGUGCUUUCGAUAAAUCAGCGAUAACAACUUUCAUUAGUUAAUGUCAUUUGGAUGAGACCCAAGAAAACCAAUAAAAGUUCAUUUACAGUA